AUGCAGGUCCAUCACGAGGCGGGAACCAGUCUGUCGGGAUUUGAUUCUGGAGUCGAUCAGGACAAUGACGCACGUCACGUUAUCCAGCCCCAGACUGACACCGACGAGGCUUCGACCGACACGGAUGAAGGAUACGCUGAUUCCGAUGCCUCUUCAUUCCUGUCAUCGAUUCUUUCAGAAGUACGGCGUGGCGUCGAAAUCGAAGGCCGCUUGUAUCCCUCCUACGGCAAACAUGCAUACGGCAUGCCCAUUGAUGAGAAAGAGCUGGAUCGAAAUGACCUGCAGCACCACAAAUACCACCUCCUGCUCAGGGAGCGACUCUUUGUCGCUCCCAUCCCCGAAGGCCAGCUGAACAGCGGAAACAGCCGGAUCCUCGAUCUCGGCACGGGGACGGGCAUCUGGGCCAUGGACAUGGCCGACAAAUACCCCUCUGCUGAAGUGCUGGGCGUGGACAUUGCUGCCACGCAACCCCCAUUCGUACCGCCCAACUGCACGUUUGAAAUCGACGACGUCGAGGAAGACUGGCAGUACCGGGCAGCGCACUUUGACUUGAUCCACGGCCGCGACCUGAUGACUGCGGUGCGCGACUGGCCCCGCCUGCUGAGCCAGGCGUACACGCACCUCAAGCCCGGAGGCUGGAUCCAGCUGUGCAGCACGAUCCCCGGCGCGCUGUCCGACGACGAUAGCAUCCCCGCCAACAGCGGCUACGUCGAGUCUGGACGCCUCUACUUCGAGAUUGCGGAGAAGAUGGGCGCACCGCUCGAUGCGCCCAAGCAAUGGGCGUCGCAGAUGCGAGACGCGGGCUUCACGAGUGUGCAUGAUCAAGUGUACAAGCUGCCCAUGGGGCCCUGGCCACGGUCGAAGCGGCUGAGGACGGUGGGCAGGAUGGAGCAGGUUAUGAUUCUGGACGGCGGGUUUGAAGCGUACAUGUUGAGGGGUUACACGCAGGUGCUCGGUGGCAGGCCAGAGGAUCUGCAGAACACGCUCGCGGAUGCGAAGAGGGAAGUCAGAGACCUGAGUAUUCAUACGUAUGUGCAGUAUUGGAUAACGUAUGCGAUGAAGCCGUUUGGAAAGUAG